AUGCUCAGAAACUCAUCAAAACGCGUUUUCCAGCGUUUCUGCACACCAAUCAAAGACCCAUCAUCAAGAGCAUUCAAAUCUACCCUAAAAACAUCAUCUCAUUAUUAUCAAAAUAUUACCACAGUUACAGAGUCUCAUAUUCGAAGGCAGAAAACUUAUUAUUUGGGAUUGGAUAUUUCAUCUUCGAAAACUGGAUAUUCAAUUUUAAACGAGAAUGGAAAGGCUAUAGAAUGUGGUUUAAUUGAUACAUCUCACAUUACAUCACUCCAACAAUUUGGAUUGUUCAUGAAAGAAAAUUUCAGAAAUAUUUCUCAACGCUACACUGGGUCAUCAUCAAAUGAUGACGAAUGGAUCGUAGGCGCUGAGGAAUUUUUGUUAAAAUUUAAAUCGACAUCAUCUGCAAAUACAAUUGCAAAAUUGGCAAAUUGUAAUACUCUUGCAUGUUACGAAUGUGCUAACGAGUUACCAGUUACAAAGCUAUUGAAAUUAAAUGUUAGAGCUGCAAGAUCAUUCUUCUUAAUCAAGGAAGCCGACAAAUCAAAACAAGCCAACAAAACCAUCAAAAAACAAGUGUUCAAUGCACUGAUACAUUUGCUUCCCUCAACAUAUCAAGUUCGAUAUACUAGAAAUGGAGAUGUCCAUGAAUCUAAUUAUGAUGUUACUGACUCAUUACUAAUUGCCCUGUAUACUUUUGUAAGAUAUAACGUUUGUGAUAAGAAUAUCGAAUCGUUGCUACGGCUUAUCCAAGAACACAAGGAUGAAUCGUUCAAAAAUCAAUUUAUUGAACUCAGUAAUACGAUGAAUCCAGACGAAACUUCAACCAUGAAUGACUCUCAAAAGAUUCGUUACAUUGUUUCCAAUUAUGAGACUGCAAAAGAUCACUUGUUCACAAUAUUCAAGAAGAAGAUUCAAAAAGAAUAUACAUCAAAAUUUAAUAUAAAUACCAGAGCAAAAGUGGAAAUUUAG